AAAUAGAUUGGAUCAUUUACUAAAACUUAACUGUUACAGAACAAGACAUGUGACACUUUGACAUGUCAUUAAUGUUAUUUUAUUUACCUUCAGAAGUUGUUAUUGGGUAAUGGGAAAAUGUAACAACAUCUAUUAACAUUUAAUAUAUGUCAAUCAAAAAUUUAAUUAAUUUUCCUUCUAUAAUUAUUAAUAAUCUUGACCCUUGUUCAAUCAUCACCUUAAUGCUACUUGAUGCGUUUUAAUUAUUUACAGUUAUUGGGUCUUUACUUAGAACUCCUACAUAAUAUUAAGACAGGAAUGAAAUCAUUAUAUAAAAGACCAACAACGGCUGACAAUAAUCAGUUUACAACCUUUCACAACCUUUCUGCAAACCACAUCUAUACUUAUUUAAACAUUUAUCCAAGAAUACAAUGAAGAUAAGUCUAUGUUUGAGUUUAAUCCUCUUGACAUUAGUCAUCAAGAUAGUAACAGCCGAUCUGAAACUACCACCUCAACAAUACUGCGGUUCUAGAUUGGCAGACAUAAUGCAAGUUGUAUGUAAAAAUAAGUACAAUGGUCCACCAGUUGGACAAAAAAGAAGUAAAAUGGAUUCAGAUGUAUGGGAUUACAAGGACCUAGAAGACUACAAUGCAAUUGAUUAUCCAUACCAACCUAGGCAAGAAACAAUGUCAUUUAUGCCCACACGUAUACUACGUUCUUCUAAAAGAACAAUCAUUGAUGAGUGCUGUCGCAGACCCUGCUUAAUAUCUGAACUAAAAGGUUAUUGUGCUAAUUAAGACUAAUACCGUUUAGUCAAAAGUGUUUUUAGUUGCUGAAUAAAGUUCUUACUAUUAUUA